AGGAGGGAAAAGAUUUGUGGUCAGAGUUAAAAUCUCCAGGAGCUGUCAGGGGAACUUGGAGUUUUAGUGACAUCACGGAAAAGCCCUGCUCUGAUCUGAUCUGCUUAAUAUAAACCAGAGGAGAGAUCAGAGAGAAUUACAGCCAGAGCGACAGCACCAUCAGAGAGGAUUAAACAUUAAUCAGCACCCCCAGACAUUCUCAACUAAACCAGUACGCCGGAAUACACGGUAGGAGACUGCAGGUGCUCUUUGUGGAGUGAACCAUGACUUUAAACGACACUAGACGGCGCAGUAGCUCAUCGCUGACGCCGACGCCUGCACAGCAACGCUGGAGCAUUCCUGCUGACGGCAAGCAGCUGUGGAGAGGGAAUACACAUGUGGUGCGAUCGAAAUCCUGCCUGAGCCCGGGAGAACCCUGCAGGGGGAGCUGGUCCUCCGACUCCUCCGACUCGGUCAUCUCCACUGAUUCCAGUAACAAUCUGUACAGAGUGGUCCUGAUCGGAGAAACGGGAGUUGGAAAGUCCACUUUGACAAGUAUAUUUGCUGGUUUGCAAAAUAAUCUGGAGAACUGGGGCAUUUUAGGGGAAGACACUUACGAGCGAACGAUCACUGUUGAUGGGGAGGGAGCCACCCUUAUUGUGAUGGACACGUGGGAAAAUAAGGAUGAAGAUAACUGGACUCAGAAUCACUGUAUGCUGAUAGGCGAUGCAUAUCUCAUUGUCUACUCCAUCACUGACAGAGCAAGCUUUGAGAAAGCUUCGGAGCUUCGCAUCCAACUCCGGAGGACACGACAGGCCGAGGAUAUUCCAAUUAUAUUAGUUGGGAAUAAGUGUGAUCUUGUGCGAUGUCGAGAAGUAUCUGUGGCAGAGGGCAGAUCUUGUGCUGUUGUUUUUGACUGCAAGUUUAUCGAGACCUCUGCUGCAGUCCAGCAUAAUGUACAAGAGCUCUUUGAAGGAAUUGUGCGACAGGUGCGGCUCAGACGAGACAGCAAAGAAGUAAAUGAACGAAGAAUGGCCCAGUACAAAAGAAGAGAGAGCUUCCCUAGGAAGGCCCGACGCUUUUUGGAUAGACUAGUAGCAAAGAACAACAAAAAAAUGGCUUAUAAAGUGAGAUCAAAAUCUUGCCAUGACCUUUCUGUACUAUAAGAAGUGUAGACAGGCAUAAUUAAAAUGGUGACUGUUAAGUCAUCAAGCUAUUGUGAGGGAUUAAAGCAGAAAAUGCUGGAAAUACGCAGCAGGUCUGGCAGCAUCUGUGGAGAGUGAAACAUUUCAGGUUGAUGUACUUUCAUCAGAGCCUUCUGCUUUUGAAUUAUUGGAAGGGUAUGGGUUAAUCAAUCUAUAUUAGAUUUCAAUCUAUUGGACUCAAUUGGUUUACAGUUGUGUUUGAAUUAACAAUGGCACAACUUUGUGUUGGUGAAUUUCCCACAUUGCUUGUCAAUAAGGAACUUUCAAUAUCAGUUUAUGAUAUUGCACGUGAUGUGUGGACUUGCUUAGAGUUACAUGUUCCAGAAAUGAAUUGUAGCAGUAAAGCUUUAAACUACAUGCAUUUCUGUCAUAAAAAGACUAUUCAACUUGAUAAGUGUGUUUUUGUUUAUAAAAAGAGAGGAUCACCAACAGGAUGGAAUAGAGGUUUAACUUGCUUCUGCUAUUCCAUGUUAUGCAUUGUGUAUCUGGUUGCUAGCAGAAGGUAAAAAUGCUUUCUGGUCGUGACUUCUCUCUAUCAUCACAUAAGAUGGAGCACAGCAAUUGCAGUUCAGCUCAGUGACCACAUUAUCACAUUAGACUAUUAUUUUCUAACUUUAAGUGAAAGAACUUUCAGGCAAUGUUGGAGUAGUGGAUUAUUGAUAAAAGUGACAAAUAAAGUGAGCUCUGUCAGACAUGGUAAGCUCUCCUGAGAAUUCAGAACAUGCUACUAACAGCUAGUUCCUUACUUGGCCUCCAAGAAAUUGAAAAUGUCAAAAAUACAACCACCACUUGGUGUAAUAGUGUGCAUGUGUUCCCAGUGAAUCAAGAUGAGUUUUCAUUCAGAGAGUGCUUGUUGGAAAAUAACUUGCCACUGCUGUGAGGUUAUUAAUUUCCAGCAUUUUUCCCACUUAAGAAGAUGAAUAAGAGAUCUUUUUCAGGUAUUGUUGUUCUGAAGCAGCCACUGAGGGGAACAUCUGACAGUUCCUAUCUCCUUCCAUGAGAAAACGUAUGUCUUACUGUUCAACCUGUCUCCAGUGGCUUAGUUGUCGAAUUGAGAAAAGAGAAGGGAUGAAUCUGUGUGUUUGACACAUUAAUGUCCCAACAUGCUGGACCCUAAUUCAUAUUAGCCACAAGAAUGGAUGAAAAAGGCUCGAGAUCAAUAAAGACGUAUGGAAUUUUAUGCUAUAGAAGGAGGACAUUCGGCCCAACAAACUAGUGUCUUUUGUCUCUUUGUUCUAAUUCCCAGGAAGCUAUCGUUCAUUUCUGGAUGAAUGUUAGAUCUUUGUAACUGUCCAGUCUUUUUACUGCCAGUAUUAUGUUUGUGUUCCAUUUAAAACACCAAUGUUUAUAUGCACAAAUAAGAUGAACAAACUGAUGUCUUUUUGAACUACAUUAUAUUCCUUUUAAAUAAGUUUAGUUUUAACUACAUUACUAUAUAUAUUCUUCUAUAUUUUUCCAGAUGUGAUUUGUCUAUUUAUUAUGAACAAUUAAAUAAGAUGUGUUUUAUAACAAAAUGUUGACAAUAUUUUGUAUUUAUUUUGUAAGUUUCUACUUAUAAUCUACUUUCAAGCGAAAUAAUGUACUUUAUUAAUGUUAUAAUGAAACAUUUUCAUUGCCUUCAAUAUAUUACUUUGCAUAAAGUAUGCUGGUUUGUACUUUGAACAAUUCUUUGUAUGUAAUCAUGUUUGAAGAUCUGUGAAAUUGUUGGUUUCUAAGCAUUAGAAUCGUUAACCUGGAUGCUCAAAAUGAACCUAUUCCACCCUGUCCAGACAAAGUAAUUUACAAAAAUUCGCCGAACUGGCCAGAGAGCACAGGAGACAUUUACUGUGAAUGUUACUUUGCUUUUCAUCAAUUGCUCAACAAUUUCAUCUUUCAUUUUGUAAUACAAAUUCUUAUGGAUUCUUGAAGUUAAACAUUGUAGGAAUUGAUGUUGGCAAUGAUGUGCAAUUCAUUGCUGAAUAGGAACCAGCUAAAACUUCUUGGUUAAGAGAUGCUUCAACCUAAGUCCCAUAGCAACAGAACAGCUGUCAUUAAUUUGAGGAAAAUCUAACAUUCUUUUUGCAUUCUGGUUGACCUUGUCUUGAACUAACUGAAUAUUUCAAUCUGUCUCUUUGUUGUUCAGCUGAAUAUGCUGACGCUGUCAGAUGAGUAUGACAAAUUCUGGUCAAUUGGGAAUGAAGUGGAAGUGAGACUCAGCUAGCUAAUGAAUAAAAGACUGGUUAAUGAUUUAGGUUGGUUGAGACAGUUACUAAUCUAUGCAUUCAUGAAUGAAUGGCUUACAUUGAAUGGUAAAUAAAAUUUGGAUUAUUGUUGAAUUACUUAAACUGUAAUAAAUAACCUUUAGUGGAUAUGAAACUGAACAGCAACAUCUUUAUUGAUUUUCAAUAAUUGAAUCAUUGCUUUGAAAAAUACAGGAUCAACUAGAUUAGCCUUUUUAGAAGCAUCUUGCUACUUAAUGGAAAAAUAGUGCAAAGAGAAUCAGGGGAUUCAUUUACAAAAAUAUUGCAAUGACCAAUUUAUUUUAGAUAGACUGGAGAAAUCAAAAAAUCUAAUUAUUUUGGCCCAAUUGAACUUUUAUUUAAAACCUGUUAUUUUAGUUUGGAAAUAAUUCUCCUGCGUGAUACUUUAAUAGAGUGAGGUAUAAAUAUGACUGAAUGUUUUCUGGCCUUGAAAUUAAUCCUUUACUAUUGAAAUCUGUUUUGAAAAUGCCACCUGUAAAGUUUAUUAGAAGGAAAUUAAAUUGUUAAUAAUAUUUUCUCAGUUUCAAGAUCUUCAUUCAAUGGACAAAUUAGGUUAUAUUUAAUAUUUCAUUUCUACAUUUCAAUGGGCAAAUAUAUAGUUUCAUUUUUGUACUGGAAUAUUCUUGCUUUAAAUCAUUUAAGUAUACCAUUCAUAUAACAACAUACAGAUAUUUAAUAAAAUGUUUUUUAAGAGAAA